AUGGCAAACAAUAAGUUUCUCAAUCGGACUGGCGGAGAAGUUCUCCGAGAACUGCUACUGGCUCACAAUGUCGAGCACAUCUUUGGCUACCCGGGCGGUGCAGCCCUGCCCCUCUUCGACGGGGUGUUUGCCAAACAACCCGCGGCCUCCUCGCUGCAGUUCAUCCUGGCCCACCACGAACAAAGUGCCGGCCACAUGGCGGAGGGCUAUGCCCGGGCAUCUCAAAAGCCGGGGGUGGUGCUCGUAACCUCCGGGCCCGGCAGCUCCAACACGGUGACUCCGAUGUUCAACGCGCUGCUGGACGGCACGCCCCUCGUGGUGAUCUGCGGACAAGUCGGCACGGCCGUCCAGGGCACGCUCGCCUUCCAGGAAAUCGACAUUGUGUCUCUAGCCAAAACGUGCACGAAAUGGUGCACGUGCGUGCAAUCGAUCGCCGACCUGCCCGGCAGCAUCGACGCGGCCUUCCACCACGCCACCACCAACCGGGCCGGCCCAACCCUGGUGGCCAUCCCCAAAGACAUCGGCAAGGCGGUGUUUGACGAGCACGCUCUCCGGCAGUCCUCCCAGUGCUCCCAGUGCCUCCCCAGCCCCCCCUCCAGCGGCGCCUCCAGCGGCGCCUCCUCCCCAACCCGGAUGAUGUACAACAUCGCCAGCCAAUACGACCGCAUCGAGCACAUCGCCCAUCUCGUGCGCCAAUCGCACCGCCCCGUGAUCUGUGCCGGCGCCGGCAUCCUGCACGCGCGCCACGGGCCGGCCCUGCUGGCGCAAAUCUCCCAGAUCGCCUCCAUCCCCGUCACCACCACGCUGCUGGGCCUGGGCGGCUUCGACGAGGCCCUCCCCACGGCCCUGCACAUGGUCGGCACCCACGGCACCCCCUACGCCAACAUGGCCGUCCAGCACGCCGACCUGAUCCUCGCCCUGGGCGCGCGUCUCGACGAGCGCGCCGUCGGCAACCCGUCCCUCUACGCGCCGCACGCCCGCCACCCGGCCACCGGUCUGGGCGUCAUCUACUUCGACUUCAGCCGCGACACCAUCGCCAAGGUCAUCCCCGCGACCGAACACAUCGAGGGCGAUCUCGCCGACACCCUCCCGGUGUUACGGCAGCAUCUGACCUCCGAUCCCCGUCCGGGCUGGAUGCAAACCAUCGCCAGCUGGAAACACAAAUACGCUCUCAACGCCCCCCCCACCCAGCCCAUCCACCCCCACACCCUCCUCACCACCCUCCAAGCCAUCCUCCCCCCGCCCUCCCACCAACCCGUCACCCUGACCACCGGCGUCGGCCAACACCAAAUGCACACCGCGCGGUCUUUCACCUUUGCCCCUCCCUCCUUCGCACCAACCUCAUGUCUGAUCACCUCCGGCUCCCUCGGCACCAUGGGCUUCGGUCUCCCCGCCGCGCUGGGCGCCAAACUCGCCGUCCCCAACAACCUGGUCAUCGACAUCGACGGCGACGCCAGCUUCUGCAUGUCGAUGGACGCGCUCCUGACGGCCCAGCAGGCCGGGGUGGACGUCAAGGUCAUCGUGUGCGAGAAUGGCGGGCAGGGGAUGAUUCGCCAGUUGCAGGAGAUGGACUACGGGGGACGGGUGUUUGGGACGGGGGAGCGGGAGGGUGGGGGGGUGGUGGAUGCGGUGGGCGUGGCGAGGGCUGUGGCGUGCCGGCGAGACGGUGUGCGGGCGGAGAGCACGAGUUGA